AUGUCGGCUGUGAUGAUAACACGGAAGGCUACUCGAAAAUGGGAGAAAUUACCUGGGAAAAACACCUUCUGCUGCGAUGGACGGGUUAUGAUGGCUCGGCAGAAAGGAGUAUUUUACCUGACCUUAUUUCUCAUCGUUGGAACCUGCUCUCUAUUCUUCGCCUUUGAGUGCCCGUACCUGGCAGUGCACCUGUCUCCUGCCAUCCCUGUGUUUGCAGUGCUGCUCUUCGUCUUUGUCAUUGCCAUGCUGCUCCGAACCAGCUUCAGUGACCCAGGGGUGCUGCCACGGGCCCUGCCGGAGGAGGCCAACUUCAUUGAGAUGGAGAUCGAAGCGGCCAAUGGGAACGUCAUGGCUGGACAGCGGCCUCCACCCCGCAUCAGGAAUGUGCAAAUUAACAACCAGAUCGUCAAGCUGAAGUACUGCUACACCUGCAAGAUCUUCAGACCACCUCGUGCUUCCCAUUGCAGUAUCUGUGACAACUGCGUGGACCGGUUUGAUCAUCAUUGUCCCUGGGUCGGAAACUGCGUAGGAAAGAGGAAUUACAGAUAUUUCUACUUGUUCACACUCUCGCUGUCUCUACUUACCAUCUACAUCUUCGCCUUCAACAUCGUCCAUGUGGUUCUACGUUCUGUAGACUCUGGAUUUGUGAAUACCCUUAAAGAAACUCCUGGAACUGUGUUGGAGGUUCUGGUGUGUUUUUUCACGAUCUGGUCUGUGGUGGGAUUGACUGGUUUCCACACCUACUUGAUCUCCCUCAACCAGACCACCAAUGAGGACAUCAAAGGCUCGUGGUCUGGCAAGAACCGUGUGCAGAACCCAUACAGUCAUAAGAACAUCUUCAAGAACUGCUGUGAGGUUCUGUGUGGCCCCACUUUCCCUAGUGUGUUGGACAGAAGAGGGGUGAUGCUGGAAGACUCGUCUAGCCCCACCCCCUCUGAUGUGUCUGCUGCUUCCACACAUAAGGGCAGCAACCCUGUUUCACAAACCACAAAAUCCUCAGCUCCGCUGAUUCCCAAUGAACACACCCCUGAUGAAGCCAAACCCAGCAUUGGUGCAGGCACCCAGAAGAGCACCAGCUCCCCUAAAGAAGAGAAACCCCCCUCACCAACAUCACCCAAUGCUGUUGCCCCUGCAGUCAUCAAAGAGUCGACCCACUAGUCUCCUGACUUCUCUCAACCCUCUGAAUGUCCUCACACAAAGGAACACACGCAGAAAAACUUGUGAUUCGUUUAGAGCAGUGGCCUAUGUUCUCUGAUACUCUUUCGCAGAACGGGACCCCCUCUGGCCGGAUCCUGCACUAGCACUCAAGACAAGUUUGGAGGUUUUGAGACUCUCCUCUCUGAAUCACAGCAUGAUGAACUCACAAUGAAGGAAAUGGGGAGCCAUAGACUGAAUCAGAUGAGAAUGGGCUACCCUGAAGCUUAAUGAGGACAUUAUUUCCCUCGAAAGGUCUCGUGAAAUGUUUGGUUGAUUUUUCCAGUGUCAUUACCCGUUUCUGUAUAGCCUGCCUCCAUUAUUCAUAACCAUUGUGUGCCCUGUAAAACCCAUUACAAGCUUCUAUAGUAGUUGUGCAAAAUGCCCUGUGGAUCAGACUUCUUUGUUUUCAAAGUGUGAAAAGGAAAAGUGCUUUAGCCAUAAACUGACAUUUAGGCCCAACACAACUGCUUUAUUCUGGUGAUGGGGCCUUUUGGAUCAGCUUAGUAAGUCAGUCAGUUAUAAAUGUGAUUCAAGCUCAGACUUUAUUUCCCAAUCAGCAUGGAUGGUAGAAAGCAGAGGCUAUAAGCUGUGUGAGUACAGGCUGAUCUGCAUCAGUAAGAGUGCCUUAUCUAUGCUCUACCAUAACAUCUACAGAGGACUCCAUAAUGCCCUAAUGCUACUCACAUCUCUAUAUGUAAGUUAAUCAGUUUUUGUUUUUUUGUUUUACAAUUCUAUCGAUCUAUCAGAACGCAAA